AUGUCCGAAAAGGCUAUGUACACAAACCCUUCAAAUCACACAUCCUUCACCUUCUUCACUCUAAAGGGGAUUUCAGAUAUUCCAGAGCUUCAGGAUCCAAUCUUCAUUCUUGUUCUGCUUAUUUAUCUCCUCACUCUUGGUGGUAACAUGGCCAUUUUGACCUUGGUCUGCUUUGAUCGUCAUCUUCAUACACCAAUGUAUUUUUUCUUGGCCAACUUGUCUAUUUCAGACAUGUCCUCCUCGACCAUCACACUUCAUAAGAGUCUUGUUAUCUACACCACAGGGAAUAAAAUAAUUUCUUACUCUGGCUGCUUGGUUCAAAUGUAUAUGUUUGCAUCAGUAACAGGACAUGAGCUUUUUGUACUGACAGCUAUGAGUUAUGAUCGAUACGUGGCCAUCUGCAACCCUUUGCGUUACCACACUGUCAUGAGCAGUAAAGCCUGCGCUCUUCUGGCCACGUGCUGUUUGGUGUUGGGUUUCGUACUAGUCAUUCCACCAUCUGUCAUAGUAUCAAGCUUUACAUGCUAUAACUCCAACGAAAUCAACCAUUUCUUCUGUGAUAUGGUGUCCCUUACAAAGUUAACUUGCAGUGACACUUUAGUUCUGGAACUUCUGACCCUUACCGAAGGCCUAAUUGUCUCAACACUCACGCCUUUCCUUCUGACUUUUAUCUCAUACAUAUUUAUUAUAUCUACCAUAAUAAAAAUACCAUCCAGUACUGGUAGGCGCAAAGCCUUCUACACAUGUUCCUCCCAUCUCACCGUCGUUGUACUGCUCUACAUCAUUCUUACUUGCCAGUAUAUUGUUCCAAUAAGUUCUAUGGACUCCAAAAAGUUUUUCUCGCUCUUCAACACAGCCGCAGUCCCAUUGCUAAAUCCGGUCAUCUACAGUUUAAAAAAUAAAGAUGUGAAGUCAGCUCUUCAAAGGUGUCUCAGAAGGUGUAGAAUAAAUUAUGAAAAAACCCACGGUCCAAGAAGGAAUGUUUAG